GCAUGAAAGUGACCGUGUGCUUCGGCCCGACGGGCAUCGUGGUGCCCUGCAAGCAGGGGCAGCUGCGGGUCGGCGAGCUCACGCAGCAGGCGCUGCAGCGGUACCUGAAGGCGCGGGAGAAGGAUCCUGGCUACUGGGUGAAGAUCCAUCAUUUAGAAUAUACAGAUGGCGGAAUCUUGGAUCCAGAUGACAUCUUGGCAGAUGUUGUUGAAGACAAAGAUAAGCUGAUUGCUGUGUUUGAAGAACAAGAACCACUCCACAAGAUUGAGAGCCCCAGUGGAAACUCUGCAGGCCGGCAGAGCCCAGAUGCUUUUGAGACAGAAGUGGCUGCCCAACUGGCUGUGUUUAAACCAAUUGGUGGAGAAAUUGAAGUAACCCCUUCUGCUCUGAAAUUAGGCACACCACUGCUGGUGAGGAGGAGCAGUGACCCAGCACCAGGCCCACCUGCUGGUGCCCAGCGAAGCACUUCACAGCCCAGUGGCCAGAGUCUGAAACCUGUUUUUCCUGAUUCAACACAGAUAUCAGAGGACAGAGAAACUAUGUAUGAUCCACAGACAGACCUAAUGACAUCCCCAAAGAUGAAGACUGGACUAAGUGAUAUGACAAGAACAGUGGAGAUUUCUGGGGAAGGAGGCCCCUUGGGAAUCCAUGUCGUGCCCUUCUUUUCAUCUCUAAGUGGAAGGAUUCUAGGACUCUUCAUUCGUGGCAUUGAAGAAAAUAGCAGAUCCAAGCGAGAGGGACUAUUUCAUGAAAACGAAUGCAUUGUGAAAAUCAACAAUGUGGACCUCGUAGACAAAUCCUUUGCUCAGUCGCAGGAUGUCUUCCGGCAGGCAAUGAGAUCACCCAGCAUGUUCCUCCACGUGUUACCACCUCACAACCGGGAACAGUAUGAAAAAUCCGUCAUCGGUCCUCUUAGCAUUUUUGGGAACAAUGAUAGUGUUUCAACAACAAAGGUUCCUCUUGCUGCUCAUGGGAAACCAGGAGUCAAGACUGGAACCAGCAGUCCUGAGGAAGAUACAUCACUCUCCCUACAGCAAAGCAAGAGCCCCCGCGUGCCCCGAAUUCCUCGCAAGUCAGCCUCCCCCUCACUGUCUCCUCUCAUGGGCUUUGGCAGCAAGAAAAAUGCUAAGAAAAUUAAGAUUGACCUAAAGAAAGGUCCUGAAGGACUUGGCUUUACAGUCGUUACCAGAGACUCUUCCAUACAUGGCCCUGGUCCCAUUUUUGUGAAAAACAUUUUACCAAAAGGUGCAGCAAUAAAAGAUGGCCGCCUGCAGUCAGGGGACAGAAUUUUGGAGGUAAAUGGAAGAGAUGUCACUGGACAAACCCAGGAGGAACUCGUGGCCGUGCUGAGGAGUACCAAGCAGGGAGAGAUAGUGUCACUGGUCAUUGCCCGGCAAGAAGGAACUUUCCUGCCCCGAGAGCUGAAAGGCGAGCCGCCCUGCUGUGCUCACUCCCUGGAAACAAUUGAGCAACUCACCUUGGAGAUUCCUUUGAAUGAUUCAGGCUCCGCUGGACUUGGAGUGAGCUUGAAAGGAAACAAGUCUCGAGAAACUGGAACUGACUUUGGAAUUUUCAUCAAAUCCAUCAUCCAUGGAGGUGCUGCCUAUAAGGAUGGCCGUCUGCGGGUCAAUGACCAACUGAUUGCUGUUAAUGGGGAAGCUCUUCUGGGGAAGUCCAAUCAUGAAGCUAUGGAAACACUUCGGCGGUCUAUGUCCAUGGAAGGAAAUAUUCGAGGCAUGAUUCAGUUAGUUAUUCUGAGGAGGCCGGAGAGACCAGUUGAGGAAGCUGCAGAGUGUGGGACCUUCUCUAAGACCUGCUUUGAGAACUGCCAAAACUCUUUGGCUACUCCUCGGAGAAAUGGUAACAGUCCCCUGCACAGAACUGGUUUUUCCAAUCCACAAGACAAGAGGGAUGGGAACAGUGGAGAAGAGAUGAAGGAUUUUAAGCCUGGGGUGAAUGAGUUGCGGAGCAUGGAGUUGAGGAUCAUGGAUGGAGUGACAGCAGCCCACCCUGGGAUGGAAUCAGCAGUAUAUUUUCCCGACCAGCAUAUCAACUUCAGAUGUGUGGCCCCAGCCGGCCAGCCUGAAUCAAUGAGUCUGAAAGCCUCAAAGAGCAUGGACCUUGUGCCAGAUGAAAGCAAAGUCCAUUCAUUGGCUGGACACAAAUUGGAAUCUCCAGGCAGAGAUUUCGGUCCAACUCUGGGCUUGAAGAAGUCGAGUUCCUUGGAGAGCCUGCAGACAGCUGUGGCAGAAGUUAGGAAGAAUGAACUACCCUUCCACAGGCACCGGCCACACAUGGUGCGAGGCAGGGGCUGCAACGAAAGCUUCAGAGCAGCCAUUGACAAAUCAUAUGAUGGGCCUGAAGAAUUAGAAGCUGACAGUCUGUCUGAGAAGAGCUCUCAGUCAGGCCAUGGGGCGCUGAAUUGUGAACCAGCCUCUCAGGGGAUCUCAGAGCUAGAGAACAUGUACAGUAAAGCCCGGAAACCCAAAAAGAUGAAAGAGAAGGAGAAGAAGAAGGAGAAGAGCAAAUUGAAAGCCAAGGAGAAAAAGCAGAAAGAAGAAAAUGAAGAUCCAGAAAAGAAGAUAAAGCGGAAGGGAUUCGGCGCCAUGCUGAGAUUUGGGAAGAAGAAAGACGAUAAGGGUGGAAAGUCUGAGCAGAAGGGCCCUAUGAAGCCUGGUGACCUCAGAAAAGAUGUGCUGGACAAAAUGCGAGAUGGCUGUGAAAGGAUUGGAACAAAACAUCAGGAUAUAAGGGAAAAGCAGACAAGAGGACCUAUUGAUUAUGUUACUGGUGCUAUUGGAACCUUGCAUGAUAUGGAUGAUGAUGAAAUGGACCCAAAUUAUGCCAGAGUGAACCACUUCCGGGAACCUUGUACACCUACCAACGUCUAUAGGUCUUCAUCUCCACCUCAGGCUGGACCACUGAGUUAUCCGCGGGAUGGCCACCCACUGUCUCCAGAGAGAGAUCACUUAGAGGGUCUCUAUGCCAAGGUCAACAAGCCAUAUCACCCACUGAUGCCAGUAGACAGUGGCCGAGCCCAUGGUGGAAGUGCUGACCGAAUUCAGAAGUUGCGGAAGGAGUAUUAUCAGGCCCGAAGGGAAGGUUUCACUUUAUAUGAUGAUGAAGAAGGAAGAGCAAGGCCCUCUGAUUAUGACCUUUACUGGGUGCCUGGAAAGGGUCCAGAUGGGAACGCACACAGCCUUCGCUUGGAGGGGCUGGAGAGACAGUACGCAUCCUUACCCAGGGGAGGACCAUCAGAUCCCUUGGACUACAGACUGGCUGCAUCUUGUGGGCUCUACAAAGAAAGAGACAUUCCUUACUACCCAGGGGCUCAUCCCAUGCCGCCUUCCAAAGGAAGCUACCCACGGCCCCCAGAUCUGAGGAUCCAAGACAUCCGAUACCCACAGUACUACCCACCCCCACCUGCACCCCAGCAUAAAGGACCCUUCCGACAAGAUGUUCCACCUUCUCCACCUCAGCACCACAGGGUACUAGCUUAUCCAGAAAAGGGCAGGGCAGGGCACCAUAGGGGCAGCCCAGACCCAUACCCCUACCGAACCCAGGACCCCCGGCAGAAGAACCCCAUGACUGCUGCUGUGUAGCUGAAGAUCUUGAGUUCAACAUGGCAGAGCACAAAGA